GUAGAACAGCAGCUGAGUCAAGGCGAGAAACACGAGCAGCCUUGGCAGCCAGGCUGGAUGCGACUGCUCAAAAGGAAAGGGACAUGCAAACGCGGAGAAGGCUGAGGCAAUGUCACCUGGUGCUCGAGGAGACCUCCCACGAACGCAAGGGGAGGAGGGGGGAUGGAGGGGAAAGUCCAGCACAGGCAGAUCCUGGCCAGCAGACAGCACAGAGCAGACAACACCACGAAGCAAUGAAAGUCUAGAAUGGGGCGAUAAGAACAGGCAACAGGAGCUUAUCAGGGGGGCCGACCGGGGGGAGCCUAGGCCCAGAGCGGCAAAAAUUAAGGCACAGCGGCUGACUAGUAACGGACGGAGGAGUAUACGAACGAUCAGACGAGGGAGUCGGCGGGAGAGACGCAACAGUGAAAGAUGGAGGGAAGGGAAAAAGGAGAGAGGAGAGGAAGAUCCGAAACGAAAGAAGAAAAAGAGGUCAACCCCGGAGCCAGCCAAGGUCGAUCGAAGGUCAGGAGUGAACGGGCAAUUAAAAAAGAAAAGAAACGAUGGGGGAAAAACUCGAGGCCGCCAAAAGAAACAGCGAGGGUCGAGGGGAUCGAGGAUGAGGCGGCAACGCAGCCGGGAGCCAAAUCACGGGCCCUCACCGCUGGUUGGCAUGUUGCCUGACUGGCCAGUGGACACUUCAUCGCUGCUGCUGCCCCUCUCCUCUUCAUCCCCCUCGAACCCACCGAUGGAAUUCUUCCACGAUUGCCACCCUCCCAGGAAAUGGUGGGGAAUCGAUAUGAUACCCGCCUGCGAUUCGACCGCCCGCCCGCCCCCCCAGUGAUUGAUCGACUACGCGGAGCAUCGCAUCCCUGUAGGCAAAAAAAGCAGGAA